AUGGGGAUUGAGCAAAACAGGAGUAGCGGGAAGAAUAAGGUUAGCAGCGAAUCGAGGAAAAACAAGCGGAGACAGAGGAAAUCGUCGCAGGUUCAAAGGCUGUACGAAACUUGCAGGGAGGUGUUUGAUGAUUGUGGGCCCGGAAUCGUGCCGGCGCCGGAGAAAGUUGAAAAGCUUGCAGCUGUUUUGGAUGAGAUGACCCAAGCCGAUUUGGGCAUACGGCCCGAUAUGCCCUUUUUCAGCAGCAAACGAGCCCCGAUCAUAACAUACUUGCAACUCCACGAAUGUGAACAAUUCUCCAUUGGUAUCUUUUGCUUGCCCCCAAAAAGUGUCAUUCCACUCCAUAACCAUCCAGGGAUGACUGUUUUCAGCAAGCUUCUAUUCGGGACAAUGCACAUCAAAUCUUGUGACUGGUCGAGCGAGUUUGAUAUCACUAAUGACAGCCCAGCAACAGCUACACUUCCGAAAAGCCAUCCGAAUAACGAACUACGAUUGGCUAAGAUUAAAGUCGACUCGGAUUUCACAGCUCCUUGCAAGACUUCUAUCCUAUACCCAGCUGAAGGUGGCAAUAUGCACCGAUUCACUGCCAAGUCAGCAUGCGCAGUGCUCGACGUGAUUGGCCCUCCGUAUUGCGAUCCUGAAGGCCGCCAUUGCCAGUAUUAUUCCGAGUUCCCGUUCGCCAGCUUAUCAGGAGAUAACGAGAAGAAGAAAGAGGGUUACGCGUUGCUUAAGGAGAGGGAAAAACCGGAGGAUCAUAUAGUCGUUGGGGCACCGUACAAUGGACCAAAGAUAGCGAAAAAGUGA